GGAGCUGUGGCUGCACAAUUCGAGAGGCAGAGCCCCGCACGUCUGCACCAUGUCCAGGGUUCCUGGCCUGCUGUUGGUGCUCCUUGCUCAGUGCUCAGGUGGUGGUCCUCAGCCAGUGCUGGAUCAGCCACCUUCUGUGACCUCAUCCCUUGGCACCACAAUCCAUUUGGCCUGCACCUUGAGCAGCGACCACGAUGUCAACUUAUACCCCAUCCACUGGUACCAGCAGAGGCCCGGCCACCCUCCAAGAUUCUUGCUGAGCUAUUUCUCUGAUUCGGAGAAGAAAUGGGGCCCCAAGGUUCCCCCACGCUUCUCAGGAUCGAAAGAUGGGACCAAGAACACAGGGUAUUUGAGCAUCUCUGAGCUGCAGCCUGAAGACGAGGCUGUAUAUUUCUGUGCUGUGGGGGCCCGGAACAUGGACAGGGAAAAGAUGGAGAUGGAGAGGGAGAAAGAACAGGAGCCUCCUGCUUUGGUGUCCCAGGCACCCCAGGAUGCACAUACCGUGAACAAAAUUUGCACCUGGAACCUUGUGAAGGUGGUUCACAGGCCUGUUGUGGAGACGGCCCAGGAGAGAAAGUCCGUGGUGGUUGGAGGCAGAGACUCUGAAGCCUGUGGGAUGGAGAGUGGGAAGGGGACUGACCAGCAGGAGACAGAGAUGAGGCCCACGACAGGACAGGGGGGCCAGGAGGCCCGCAGGGGGCAGAGCGCCGGCCUGAGGCAGUGCUGGCUGCCACUGCUGCUGCUGGGCCUGGCCGUGGCCUCCCACGGCCUGCUGCUCUCUACGGCAGCGCCUCGGAGCGAGGCUCCAGGCUCUGGAACUCCAAGAAGAAGCAGCAGCCCUUGGAGCCUGUGGGAAAGGUUUCUGCUCAAGACUGGCCCCCAGGAGGCAGGCCCUAGGUGCUGGCAUGGGUUUUGGUCCGAAUCUCAGUCACCGUGGUUCAUCUUCAGCAAUGGGACUGAGCUGAUCGUCCUAGGUCAGCCCAAGUCCGCACCCUCGGUCACUCUGUUCCCACCCUCCUCUGAGGAGCUUAGCACCAACAAGGCCACACUGGUGUGUCUGCUCAGUGACUUCUACCCCGGAGCCGUGACAGUGGCCUGGAAGGAGAAUGGCAGCCCUGUGUCCCAGGGUGUGGAGACCACCAAGCCCUCCAAACAGAGCAACAACAAGUAUGUGGCCAGCAGCUACCUGAGCAUGUCAGCCAGCAAGUGGAAGUCUGCCAGCCAGUUCAGCUGCCACGUGACACAUGAAGGCAGCACCGUGGACAAGACAGUGGUCCCCUCAGAGUGUUCCUAGGACACUGAGCCGCCUGCCCUCAGGGGUUGGAGCCUGAGGACCUCUGGGAGGGUCUUCCCUCCCACCAUAGACAUCUCUAGCCCUGCUCCCUGCACCCAAGCAACUCUCAAAAAUGUUUUCAUC